UGUCAGAGUGUCCUUUAGAGGCCGGAAUCUAGCUGCUACCGUAGCUCGGUGCUUCGACAUUGUCGAUAUGAUGUGUGCUGUUUUUUAGCUCUUUUGUCUAUUUUAAUAAAGAGCGACAUUGGUGAAGGAGGAGCCAGUCUGGACAUUUCUUUUUUUAAUUUGACUAGUCCAUAGGGCUCACCAACAGCAGUUGUUGAAUACUCGGAGAACGCUAACCUGGACUUUGAACCGGAAGUACAAGUGCAACACUCUCGGAGCAGCGGCGGUGAAGAAGGGAGCGGCACAACUGACAGGAGCUGCAUCUCGUACACGGCCAAAGCACUGAGAGAUAUCAGAUAUUAAUGUAACUGGAGUGAAUAAGGGAACCUUCUUCCUGAGCACAGGCAUUGGAGCCUGUUAUCAGCAUGAACUCAUAUGUGUUAGACAAACACUUGAAUAGUUCAUAUCCAUCCUUCACUACAGGAAGCAUCAGAAUGAUACCGCAAACUCCAAAAGUCUUAGACACCAAUGACUAUUCACAAACAUUGGGGAUAUCACAUCAGAUAUUUAAAGGAGAUAGUGAAUUGGCAGGAACUGGGCAGCAAUCAUUAUGUACAGAGAGUAAUUUAGUCAUCAAACAAGAGGACAACAUUAAUGCUUUAUCUAGUGAAAUGAUUAUCCCAGAGGAUAAACCACACACAUUUACCGAGUUUUCAAAACAUAUUAAAGAAGGGAAAAGUCUACAGUCUAGCCAAAUGAUUCAUACAAAGGAGAAACCUUUCAAAUCUUCAGACUGUGAGAAAAGCUUUAGAUGGAAAUCUAAUCUACUAGAGCACUACAAAAUUCAUACAGGUGAGAAACCACACACAUGUACUGAGUGCGGCAAAUGUUUUACACAAAUGAAUCAUCUGAAAAGUCAUAAAAAGAUUCACACAGGAGAAAAGCCUUUCACAUGUGCAGAGUGCGGAAAAAGUUUAAAACAAAAGCGUAAUCUGAAAAUGCAUGAAAGGAUUCACACAGGGGAAAAGCCGUUCACAUGUACAGAGUGUGGAAAAAGUUUUACACAAAAGAGUCAUCUGAAAAAUCAUGAAAAGAUUCACACAGGAGAAAAGCCUUUCACGUGUACAGAGUGUGGAAAAAGUUUUACACACAUGGAUCAUCUGAAAACUCAUAAAAUGAUUCACACAGGAGAAAAGCCUUUCACGUGUACAGAGUGUGAAAAAAGUUUUACAAAUAUGAGUAAUCUGAAAAUGCAUGAAAGGAUUCACACAGGGGAAAAGCCGUUCACUUGUACAGAGUGUGGAAAAAGUUUUACACGAAUGGAUUAUCUGAAAACUCAUGAAAUUAUUCACACCGGGGAAAAACCUUUCACAUGUACAGAGUGCGGAAAAAGUUUUAUUAAAAUGAGAAGUCUGAAAUAUCAUGAAAUGUUUCACACAGGAGAAAAACCUUUCACAUGUACAGAGUGUGGAAAAAGUUUUACACAUAUUAAUUGUCUGAAAACUCAUGAAAGGAUUCACACAGGGGAAAAGUCUUUCACAUGUAGAGAGUGUGGAAAAAGUUUUACAAAUAUGAGUAAUCUGAAAAUUCAUCAAAGGAUUCACACAGUGGUAAAGCCUUUCACUUGUACAGAGUGUGGAAAAAGUUUUACACGAAUGGAUUAUCUGAAAAGUCAUGAAAUGAUUCACACAGGGGAAAAGCCUUUCACAUGUACAGAGUGUGGAAAAAGUUUUAUACGAAUGGAUUAUCUGAAAAGUCAUGAAAUGAUUCACACAGGGGAAAAGCUGUUCACAUGUACAGAGUGUGGAAAAAGUUUUACGCAAAAGAGUCAUCUGAAAAAUCAUAAAAAGAUUCACACAAGAGAAAAGCCUUUCACAUGUACAGAGUGUGGAAAAAGUUUUAUAAAAAUGAGUCAUCUGAAAUAUCAUGAAAGGAUUCACACUGGAGAAAAACCUUUCACAUGUACAGAGUGUGGAAAAAGUUUUACAAAAAAGAGUAAUCUGAAAACUCAUGAAAGGAUUCACACAGGAGAAAAGCCUUUCACAUGUACAGAGUGCGGAAAAAGUUUUAUUAAAAUGAGUAGUCUGAAAUAUCAUGAAAUGUUUCACACAGGAGAAAAACCUUUCACAUGUACAGAGUGUGGAAAAAGUUUUACACAUAUUAAUUGUCUGAAAACUCAUGAAAGGAUUCACACAGGAGAAAAGCCUUUCACAUGUACAGAGUGUGGAAAAAGCUUUACACAUAUGAGAAAUCUGAAAAUGCAUGAAAGGAUUCACACAGGAGAAAAGCCUUUCACAUGUACAGAGUGUGGAAAAAGUUUUACAAAAAAGAGUCAUCUGAAAAUUCAUGAAAGGAUUCACAAGGGAAGAAACCUUUAACAUGUUUAGAAAGUAGGGUUGCUACCUUUAGCACAGCCGAUUCCCGACACUUUGCAAAUGGACGUGGUUGAGGAUGUGGUUAGGGGUGUGGCUCUACAUGACCUAAAGGGACAUUCCAGCCAAAAUUGGAAUCCACGUGUAUGCAUUUCAGUUUUGUGUAGAAGCAUUUUUGUAAUAUAUAUGUAUUAGAAAAAAUGCUUCUAAUAAGUUAUAUUUAAAAGUGUAUUUAAGUAUGCACCCUGCACCAGCAUUUUAAAUGCAGUACUUGCUCAGAGAGCCUAAGGUGCUUUUACCAUCUGGUAAUGACUCAAUUUGUUCAUUGCUGACAUGAUACAAGAUCCACUGGCACUAUGAGCAGCUGCAGUGUUUAAAAUGCUGGUGCACUGAGAGUAUCUAGCUAUGUUACACAUGCACGUGCAGAGAAAAAUAUCACUAAAAUUGUGAUAACUUUUGUUAGAAAUAUUUUUGCCUAUACAUGUUUAUUGCAAAUAUGUUUCUAUCCAAAGAUGUAGGUAGAUACAGACAUUUUAAACAGAUGGAUAGAAAACAGAUAGGCAUAAAGAGAUAGAUAAAUAGAUACAGACUAGUAGAUAGUUGCUUACAUAUAAACAGACCAACAGACCAAUAUAGACAGAUAAUAGACAGAUAUCAGAGAGACAGAGAGCAAGACAAAUAGACAGAGAUAAACAGACAGAAAGACAGAAAGAUAAGCAAGAAGAGACAUAAAAACAUAAUUUAUGUAAGAACUUACCUGAUAAAUUCAUUUCUUUCAUAUUAGCAAGAGUCCAUGAGCUAGUGACGUAUGGGAUAUACAUUCCUACCAGGAGGAGCAAAGUUUCCCAAACCUCAAAAUGCCUAUAAAUACACCCCUCACCACACCCACAAAUCAGUUUAACGAAUAGCCAAGAAGUGGGGUGAUAAGAAAAAAGUGAGAAAGCAUAAAAAAUAAGGAAUUGGAAUAAUUGUGCUUUAUACAAAGAAAUCAUAACCACCACAAAAAGGGUGGGCCUCAUGGACUCUUACUAAUAUGAAAGAAAUGAAUUUAUCAGGUAAGUUCUUACAUAAAUUAUGUUUUCUUUCAUGUAAUUAGCAAGAGUCCAUGAGCUAGUGACGUAUGGGAUAUAAAUACCCAAGAUGUGGAGCUUCCACGCAAGAGUCACUAGAGAGGGAGGGAUAAAAUAAAGACAGCCAAUUCCGCUGAAAAAAUAAUCCACACCCCAAAAUAAAGUUUUAAUCUUUAUAAUGAAAAAAACUGAAAUUAUAAGCAGAAGAAUCAAACUGAAACUGCUGCCUGAAGUACUUUUCUACCAAAAACUGCUUCAGAAGAAGAAAACACAUCAAAAUGGUAGAAUUUAGUAAAAGUAUGCAAAGAAGACCAAGUGGUUGCUUUGCAAAUCUGAUCAACCGAAGCUUCAUUCCUAAACGCCCAGGAAGUAGAAACUGACAUUGUAGAAUGAGCUGUUAUCCUUUGAGGCGGAGUUUUACCCGACUCGACAUAAGCAUGAUGAAUCAAAGAUUUUAACCAAGAUGCCAAAGAAAUGGCAGAAGCCUUCUGACCUUUCCUAGAACCGGAAAAGAUAACAAAUAGACUAGAAGUCUUUCGGAAAUCCUUAGUAGCUUCAACAUAAUAUUUCAAAGCUCUAACUACAUCCAAAGAAUACAACGAUCUUUCCUUAGAAUUCUUAGGAUUAGGACACAAUGAAGGAACCACAAUUUCUCUACUAAUGUUGUUAGAGUUCACAACUUUAGGUAAAAAUUUAAAUGAAGUUCGCAACACCGCCUUAUCCUGAUGAAAAAUCAGAAAAGGAGAUUCACAAGAAAGAGCAGAUAACUCUGAAACUCUUCUAGCAGAAGAGAUGGCCAAAAGGAACAAGACUUUCCAAGAAAGUAAUUUAAUGUCCAGAGAAUGCAUAGGUUCAAACGGAGGAGCUUGUAAAGCCCUCAGAACCAAAUUCAAACUCCAAGGAGGAGAGAUAGACUUAAUAACAGCUUUGAUACGAACCAAAGCCUGAACAAAACAAUGAAUAUCAGGAAGAUUAGCAAUCUUUCUGUGAAACAACACAGAAAGAGCAGAAAUUUGUCCUUUCAAAGAGCUUGCAGACAAAUAAAAAAUUUGCGCCAAAAAAGUCUGCGCCAAAAAUGACGCAAUAAAAUGAAGCAUUUCUUCUGUUAUGUGUGAUCAGUCCACGGGUCAUC